UUAACAAUAACACAAAAGAAACUGUACGUUCAUGCAGUGUAAAAAAGAAGCAAUACGAUGUUAUGAAGUACUUAAUACAUUUACUUAAAAAGUGCUAACUCACUAGAAGAGGAUUGUGAUUAAAUUAACACCGGAAACGGACUUUACAGUCAAAAUACAGGACUUCCCCGUCGAUUAAGUGUAUAUUUCAGAAAGUAAACGUAAGGUCGGAAAGUACAAAAAAAUCCGCAUUGAAUUAGGAAUUACGGACUGGUAUAAAAUAUGCUCCACAUUUCCUGGUGAACUAAUUAAUUAACUAACGUACAGAGGCGGAACUGGAACAUAGCCAUACAAGAUGGCGGAGUACAGCCAGGCAGGGCUCGUCGGGGCUUUGCUGCUCUUCACGGCUCUGACACUCCGGGACGUUUACGUCGGAAGGUCGAAUCCGCAGCAGGUCAACGCUCCCGGCUUGUCAGUGGACAUGAAACAGGAGGUGGCCGGCAAAUCUGCCAAGUCGACCCUCUACAGCGGGCCUGUACUCAGAUUCCAGUACUGUAUCUCCUGAGGCUACAAUAAAGCAUUCCAGGAGUAUUCGCGGGCCAUCAGCCAGCUGUACCCGGACAUGCGCAUUGAGGGAGAAAACUACCCCCCCACCCGUAUCAACAGGAUUGUUGGCAACCUGAUCUCGUAUUUGAAGCUUCUCUCCAUAAUGGUGAUUGUCAGCGGUCAGAACGUGUUCGCCAUGCUCGGUGUCAACACGCCCAGGGCGUGGACCUGGAGUCAGGACAACAAGAUCUUCUCCUGUCUGAUGGCUUUCUUCCUCUGUAACAUGAUGGAGACACACUUCCUGUCCACCGGAGCCUUUGAAGUGACUCUCAAUGAUGUUCCCAUCUGGUCCAAGCUUCAGUCGGGUUAUGUGCCAAACAUCCAGGAGAUCUUCCAGAUCCUCGACAACCACCUGAAGAUGAACCAGGUGGAUUCCACCAGCUUCUCCACGGUUUAGAACUUUGAUGAUGACCAACAAAGCAACAGCAGGUGUCCUGGCUGAGCGGGGCGAUCGGCCGCUGGCAUCCAUGAAGGUUCGGUCUUAAAGCAGACUCUGCUGGACCGCACCGGAAGUUUCCCGCCAAUCGACAGAGCGCCUCCCACCGCCGGGGUCACAGCUCAGCACUGAAGUGACGGAGGUCGUCCUUAUUUGUCAUAUAUUUAUUUAGUUUAAAUCUUGAGAAAAUGACGGUAACUUGUGUUAGCCUCACGCCAUCUACGAUAGAGGGUACAAAUGUGUCAAUCAUGGUUAAAGUGACCAGUGAAAACAGCUGAGUUUUACUUUUUUUUUCCUGGUUGUCUUUUUGUGGGGACAGAGCCUAAAACAACUUCAUUAAAGAUGUCUUAAAAGACAUAACGCCUC